GUUGUACUAAAGUUUUUUCCAAUCGAAGACAAAACUAAUAUAGUAAAUAAGUGAUGGCCUCAGCAGAAGUGGAUGAGAUCGUUAAGUUGGAACCAGCUGCUAUUAUCGGAUUUGAUGGUCACGUCAUUGCCGGACUGCGGAUUCAUCCAGACGGACGACAUCUGAUAUUCCCGUUAGGCAAUGAAAUCUCGAUAUACGAGUUAGAAACUAACAAACAAACGUUUUUGCGAGGUCACACCAACACGAUUUCUACGGUAGAUAUAUCCCCGAGUGGCAGGAUGGUUGCAUCCGGUCAAACAAACCAUAUGGGUUUCCGGGCUUACGUGAUCAUUUGGGACUGGCUGAGUCGCAAUGAGAUAUCCCGGUACGAGCUUCAUCGAGUCAAAGUGCAGUCAUUGUGCUUUACCUGUAACGAGCAGUAUCUUGUGAGUUUAGGUGGCAAGGACUGUGGGUCGAUCAUUGUUUGGGAUAUUGAACAGAACGUGGCCAUUUGUGGAACUAUCGCAACUAAGGAAACAACUGGUGAUGCCACCAAGGUCUGUGCACUUAAUAAGCGCUGGACUACUUUUGUUUCGGGCGGAGAUCAAAACCUCCGCGUCUGGAAUAUUGAUCCGGAACGGAAGCGUUUAAAUGUGCAGGACGUAGCCGUUGGUAAGUUGAGACGGGAGUUCACAGGUAUGCGGAUCACAGAAAACGAUGAUAUACUCUAUGUUGGAACGAUGAGCGGUGACGUUGUCAAGAUCGGAUUAAACGUUAGCUGUAAUCCAAACACCGGAAUCCACGACAAAAUUCCGGUCCUAUUGGGAUGUUUCGGAAAGCACAAUGCAAGAAAACCAGUGGGCAAGGACUGCGAAAAAUAUCACUAUGGCGUGCGCGACUUGUUGAUCGUAGGUGACGGUAUGCUGAUAAUUGGAGCUGGUGAUGGAACGAUCGAUAUGGUUCAAGAGCGAAAAGUUAAUUUUAGAAACUACAACAGCCCAACGUGGCCUCAGUUUACUUCGCUUCAAUCCACCAAAGUAGGAGGCGUUAUUACAUCUCUGCAAAUUGUAAACCAAUCCUCAUUAUUGAUCGGAACGAAUGGCUGCGAGAUAUACUCACUGGAAAUAAAGCAUCUCUCUUCAAGUUUGAGAUUACUAAAAACUUGUCACACUAAUGCAGUGUAUGAUAUUGCGUUUCCUUACAACUUCUCUCUGGUGUUCGCCACUUCGAGUCACGAAUCGAUCCGCAUCUGGUCCACAUCACGAAUGCAGGAGCUUCUACGAAUUGUGGUUCCGAAUUUCGCCUCCUCGUCGAUUGUAUUCGCUCGCGAUGGAAAAAGUAUCAUUUCUGCUUGGAAUGACGGGGUCAUACGAGCCUUCACCCCACUUACGGGAAAACUUAUCUACGCAAUACCGAACGCUCACAACAAGGGCUGCUCGUCCGUCGCGGUGACGAGCAACGGGAAAUUUCUGGUAAGUGGCGGCAUUGAAGGACAGGUUCGGGUAUGGAAGAUCGAACCAUACGUGCAGAGUAUGAUCGGUGUGCUAAAGGAGCAUUAUGGUCCGAUUGAAUCCGUUCAUAUAAACAGCUUCGAUAACGAAGUUGUGUCGGCUUCGCGGGAUGGAUCCUGUGUUAUUUGGGACUUGAUUCGGCUAACUCGGAAGCAUGUAAUAUUUGCUCACACGCAAUUUAUAGCGGCACAGUAUUAUCCCACAGGUGUACAGAUAUUGACCGCUGGGUCUGACAAGCUGAUCGGUUAUUGGGAAGCAUUCGAUGGAAGUUUGGUACGGGAAGUGGAAGGAUCGAAAUCGGGCCCAAUCAAUGCAAUCGACAUGAACAUGACCGGUGAUCACUUUGUUUCGGCAGGAACGGAUCAGGUUGUUCGGUUGUGGGAUUAUCAGUUAGGCGAGCAAGUGGCCGUCGGCAUCGGCCAUGCAAGUGCAAUUACAUCCGCGAGGUACAGUCCGAAUGGCCAGUUCCUAGUGACUGGUUCAACCGAUGGAGGAAUUUUUGUUUGGAGCGUUCCGGAGAAAUUUCACAUAAAAAUGUCGCCUCCUCAUCAAUGCACGGGCGCCAAAGAUGGCAUCACGAAGAAGGGUUUGGGAGCUAAAACGUCUAAUGAAAACGUACGACAAUUGGAAUCGGCCCGAUCAGACAGGUCUAGCCAAAUUGCAAAAUGUCCGGAUGUGGAUCUUACUGCCAAACCAACAAUCGAUCCCUGUGUGGAUACUGCAUCACUAGUCGAUGAACACGAACAGCAAGAACAACUAGAAACUCGCUCUAUUCAUUCCCAAAAAUCUCAAAUAUUCCAGUAG